CCCAUUCUCCCCCCACCCCGGCUCUGGGCGAGCCAGACACGGUUUGCCCAGUGCAGAGAGAGGGGCUCCGUGUUCCGCCUCCGUGGAGUAUUUGGGAUUGGAGAGAGGCACACACGCGCACACACACACACGCACACAGAGACCAUCUGCAGUGUCAAUGCGGCGCCUGCUCUGAAGACUGAAGUGGGGGGAAAGGAGAGGAGAGAAAUUUAAUAUAUAUAUAUAUAGAUAUAUAUAUAUAUACACCAAAACCCACCCAAAGCAAGCGAGGAGCAUUCCCAGGACAGAAUCUGCCAGGGAAUUGGUGUUUUGAAGAGUUUUACAGCUUCUAAUCUUUGUUGCCUUGGGAAUACAAACCUCUCUAAUCAUGUCGCCAGCCAUGUGGAAAUGGACUUGCCUGGUUUCCCACCUCCUGCUGUCCACCACAGUGUCACCUCUUGGCAGACAGCAGCCACCCCAUCCAAAGAGGCCCUUCAUCACCUUCACCGGGGAGCAAGCAGAGGGAAACUUCAACCACUUGGUGGUGGACGAAAGGACUGGGCACAUUUACUUGGGGGCUGUCAACAGGAUCUACAAACUCUCCAGCGACCUGAAGGUCCUGGUGACCCACGAGACUGGUCCUGAUGAUGACAAUCCCAAGUGUUAUCCUCCCAGGAUAGUCCAAACCUGCAACGAACCCCUGACGCCCACCAACAACAUAAACAAAAUGCUCCUCAUAGACUACAAGGAGAAUCGGUUGAUAGCCUGUGGGAGUCUGUACCAGGGCAUCUGCAAGCUCCUGAGGCUGGAUGACCUCUUCAAGUUGGGAGAGCCCUUCCACAAGAAGGAGCAUUACCUCUCUGGGGUGAACGAGAGCGGCUCUGUUUUUGGAGUCAUCGUUUCUUACAGCAACAUGGACGACAAGCUGUUCAUCGCCACGGCCGUGGAUGGCAAACCGGAGUAUUUCCCCACCAUCUCCAGCAGGAAGCUCACCAAGAACUCCGAGGCUGAUGGGAUGUUUGCAUAUGUCUUUCACGAUGAGUUUGUGGCCUCUAUGAUCAAGAUCCCCUCAGACACCUUUACCAUCAUCCCCGACUUCGAUAUCUACUACAUCUACGGCUUCAGCAGCGGGAACUUUGUCUACUUCCUGACUCUGCAGCCCGAGAUGAUCUCCCCACCCGGCUCCACCACAAAGGAGCAGGUUUAUACCUCCAAGCUGGUGCGGCUUUGCAAGGAGGACACAGCUUUUAACUCCUAUGUGGAGGUGCCCAUUGGCUGCGAGAAGAACGGGGUGGAAUAUCGAUUGCUCCAGGCUGCCUACUUGUCAAAGGCUGGGGCCAUCCUGGCCAGGUCGCUGGGCGUUGGCCCCGAGGAUGAUAUCCUCUUCACGGUCUUCUCCAAGGGGCAGAAAAGGAAGAUGAAGUCCUUGGAUGAGUCUGCUCUUUGCAUCUUUGUCCUGAAAAACAUCAACGACCGCAUCAAGGACAGGCUUCAGUCCUGCUACAGGGGAGAGGGGACGUUAGACCUGGCCUGGCUCAAGGUCAAGGACAUUCCCUGUAGCAGCGCGCUGUUAACAAUCGAUGACAAUUUCUGUGGCCUGGAUAUGAACGCCCCCUUGGGAGUAUCAUCCAUGGUGAGAGGGCUCCCCAUUUUCACCGAGGAUGGGGACAGGAUGACCUCGGUGAUUGCCUACGUCUACAAGAACCACUCCCUGGCUUUUGUGGGCACCAAGAGUGGGAAGCUCAAGAAGAUCCGUGUGGAUGGCACCGCCAAGAACACGCUGGAGUACGAGAUCGUGCAGGUGGUGGACACUGGCCCCAUCCUCCGGGACAUGGCCUUCUCCAUGGACCACGAGCACCUCUACAUCAUGUCCGAGAAGCAGCUCACCAGGGUGCCCGUGGAGUCGUGCAGCCAGUACGAGACCUGCAGCGAGUGCCUGGGCUCGGGGGACCCGCACUGCGGAUGGUGCGUCCUGCACAACACCUGCACGAGGAAGGAGCGGUGCGAGCGCUCCAGCGAGCCACGCAGAUUCGCCUCCGAGAUGAAGCAGUGCGUCCGCCUCACCGUGCACCCCAACAACAUCUCCGUCUCCCAGUACAACGUUCUGCUGGUCUUGGAGACCUACAACGUCCCCGAGCUGUCAGCAGGAGUCAACUGCACCUUCGAGGACCUCUCGGAGAUGGAUGGGUUGGUGGUGGGCAGCCAGAUCCAGUGCAUCUCUCCAGCUGCCAAGGAGGUGCCCCAGAUCAUCACAGAGAAUGGUGACCAUCACAUUGUCCAGCUUCAGCUCAAGUCCAAGGAAACAGGAAUGACCUUUGCCAGCACCAGCUUCGUCUUCUACAACUGCAGCGUCCACAACUCGUGCCUGUCGUGCGUGGAGAGCCCCUACCGCUGCCACUGGUGCAAGUACCGCCACGUGUGCACCCACGACCCCAGCUCCUGCUCCUUCCAGGAGGGACGAGUCAAGAUGCCUGAGGACUGUCCCCAGCUGCUGCAGGCCGAGAAGCUCCUGGUGCCCGUGGAGGUGAUCAAACCCAUCACGCUGAAGGCCAAGAACCUGCCCCAGCCACAGUCGGGCCAGCGGGGCUACGAGUGCAUCCUCAACAUCCAGGGCAGCGAGCAGAGGGUGCCAGCCCUGAGGUUCAACAGCUCCAGCGUGCAGUGCCAGAACACCUCGUACUCGUACGAAGGGAUGGAGAUUAACAGCUUGCCAGUGGAGCUGACAGUCGUGUGGAACGGGAAUUUCAACAUUGACAACCCAGCACAGAACAAAGUUCACCUGUACAAGUGCGGGGCCAUGCGGGACAGCUGCGGACUCUGCCUGAAAGCCGACCCCGACUUCGAGUGUGGCUGGUGCCAGGGACAGAACCAGUGCACGCUGAAGCAGCACUGCCCAGCCCAGGACAGCCAGUGGCUGGAGCUGUCCAGCACCAAGGGCAAGUGCACCAACCCCAAGAUCACGGAUAUCAACCCCGUGACAGGCCCUCGCGAGGGAGGGACCAGAGUGACCAUCCGUGGGGAGAACCUGGGGCUGGAAUUCCAGGAUAUCGCGUCCCACGUCAAAGUGGCUGGCGUGGAGUGCAAGCCCCUGGUGGAAGGGUACAUCCCAGCAGAGCAGAUCGUGUGUGAGAUGGGGGAGGCCAAGCCCAGCCAGCACGCCGGAUUCGUGGAAAUCUGCGUGGCCGAGUGCAAGCCCGAGUUCAUGGCCAGGUCUUCUCAGCUCUACUACUUCAUGACUCUGACCCUCUCUGACCUGAAGCCGAAGCGAGGACCAGUGUCGGGUGGCACCCAGGUGACAAUCACAGGCAACAACCUCAACGCUGGCAGCAAUGUCAUUGUGACCUUUGGGCGACAACCCUGCCUCUUCUACAGGAGAUCCACCAAGCACAUUGUCUGUAACACCACGGCCUCCUAUGAAGGCUUUGAGAAGGUGAAGGUGUCCGUGAGAGUGGACAAGGCCAAGAUCCAUCAGGAGCUGCACUAUGAAUAUGUAGAGGAUCCCACCAUCCUGAGGAUCGAGCCUGAGUGGAGCAUCUUCAGUGGCAACACUCCCAUUGCUGUGUGGGGAACUCACCUGGACCUCAUCCAAAACCCUCAGAUCCGGGCAAAGCACGGAGGAAAGGAGCAUGUCAAUGACUGUGAGGUGCAGAACAGCACAGAGAUGACCUGCCAGGCCCCAGCUCUGGCUGUGGACCCCAAUCACCAGUCUGAGCUCGCUGAGCGCCCGGAGGAGUUUGGUUUCAUCCUUGACAAUGUGCAGUCCCUGCUGAUCCUCAACAAAACCAACUUCACCUACUACCCCAACCCCAUCUUCGAGGUUUUCAAUCCCUCAGGGAUCCUGGAGCUGAAGCCUGGAAGUCCCAUCAUCCUGAAGGGCAGGAAUCUGAUCCCACCGGUGGCAGGAGGCAAUGCCAGACUGAACUACACCGUGCUGGUGGGGGAGAAGCCCUGUGCAGUGACUGUGUCAGACGUGCAGCUCCUCUGUGAGUCUCCAAACCUCAUUGGGAGGCACAAGGUGAUGGCUCGUGUAGGAGGGAUGGAGUUCUCUCCAGGCAUGGUCUACAUCUCCCCAGACAGCCCUCUCAGCUUGCCAGCCAUCGUCAGCAUCGCGGUGGCCGGCGGGCUGCUCAUCAUCUUCAUCGUGGCCGUGCUGAUCGCGUACAAGCGCAAGUCCCGGGAGAGCGACCUCACCCUCAAGCGCCUGCAGAUGCAGAUGGACAACCUGGAGUCCAGGGUGGCCCUGGAGUGCAAGGAAGCCUUUGCAGAGCUGCAGACAGAUAUCCAUGAGCUGACGAGUGACCUGGAUGGAGCUGGGAUCCCUUUCCUCGACUACCGAACCUACACGAUGAGAGUGCUUUUCCCUGGCAUUGAAGAUCAUCCAGUCCUAAGGGAUUUGGAGGUCCCUGGCUACCGGCAGGAACGGGUGGAGAAGGGCCUGAAGCUCUUUGCCCAGCUCAUCAACAACAAGGUUUUCCUGUUGUCCUUCAUCCGCACGCUGGAGUCGCAGCGCAGCUUCUCCAUGCGGGACCGCGGCAACGUGGCCUCGCUGAUCAUGACGGUGCUGCAGAGCAAGCUGGAGUACGCCACCGACGUCCUCAAACAGCUCCUGGCCGACCUCAUCGACAAAAACCUGGAGAGCAAGAACCACCCCAAGCUGCUGCUCCGUAGGACAGAGUCUGUGGCUGAAAAAAUGCUCACCAACUGGUUCACCUUCCUCCUCUACAAGUUCCUCAAGGAGUGUGCUGGAGAGCCUCUCUUCUCCCUUUUCUGUGCCAUCAAGCAGCAGAUGGAGAAGGGCCCCAUUGACUCCAUCACGGGGGAGGCCCGGUACUCCCUGAGCGAGGACAAGCUCAUCCGACAGCAGAUCGACUACAAGACCCUGGUGCUGAGCUGCGUGAACCCCGACAACGUGAACAGCCCCGAGAUCCCGGUGAAGAUCCUCAACUGUGACACCAUCACCCAGGUCAAGGAGAAGAUCCUCGAUGCCAUCUUCAAGAACGUGCCCUGCUCCCACCGGCCCAAAGCUGCUGACAUGGACCUGGAGUGGCGGCAGGCGAGCGGGGCGAGGAUGAUCCUUCAGGAUGAGGACAUCACCACCAAGAUAGAGAAUGACUGGAAGAGACUCAACACGCUGGCACACUACCAGGUCCCAGAUGGAUCUGUGGUAGCUUUGGUCUCCAAGCAAGUCACUGCCUACAACGCAGUCAACAACUCCACGGUGUCCCGGACGUCAGCCAGCAAGUAUGAAAACAUGAUCCGCUACACGGGCAGCCCCGACAGCCUCCGCUCGCGCACCCCCAUGAUCACCCCUGACCUGGAGAGCGGCGUCAAGAUGUGGCACCUGGUCAAGAACCACGAGCAUGGAGACCAAAAAGAGGGUGACCGAGGCAGCAAGAUGGUUUCUGAGAUCUACCUGACCAGGUUACUGGCCACCAAGGGCACCCUCCAGAAAUUCGUGGACGACCUCUUUGAGACCAUCUUCAGCACUGCCCACCGUGGCAGUGCCCUCCCCCUGGCCAUCAAGUACAUGUUUGAUUUCCUGGAUGAGCAGGCAGACAAGCACAACAUCCACGACCCCCACGUGCGGCACACCUGGAAGAGCAACUGCCUCCCCUUGCGGUUCUGGGUUAACAUGAUCAAGAACCCACAGUUUGUCUUCGACAUCCACAAGAACAGCAUCACGGACGCCUGCCUGUCCGUGGUGGCUCAGACCUUCAUGGACUCCUGUUCCACCUCCGAGCACCGGCUGGGCAAAGACUCCCCCUCCAACAAGCUCCUCUACGCCAAGGACAUCCCCAGCUACAAGAACUGGGUGGAAAGGUACUACUCAGACAUCGCCAAGAUGCCAGCAAUCAGUGACCAGGACAUGAAUGCUUACCUGGCUGAGCAGUCCCGCAUGCACAUGAACGAGUUCAACACCAUGAGCGCACUCUCCGAGAUCUACUCCUACGUGGGCAAGUACAGCGAGGAGAUUCUCGGAGCCCUCGAUCAAGACGACCAGGCUGGGAAACAGAAACUUGCCUACAAACUUGAACAAGUUAUAACCCUCAUGAGCAUAGACAGCUGAGAACUGUCCUGCCAGGGACACCCUGGGAGGGAUAAACCAAGUCGUGCCUCACUCAAGAUCAUCAUCUUUACCAAGUGCAAGUUUUGAUGGGCUGUAAGCAGAGUCACCCGAACAGCGCUCCUCUCUCUCUCCCCCCCUUCUCUUUCUCUCUUUUCCUUCUCUUUCCAAACCUAUGGACAAAGCGACAGAGCCCCAGGGGUUAAAAGAAAAGACUGCAGAGGAAUCUUGGCUCUGGGGCCAUGAAGACAUUUGGGUGGAGCUCUCCUUUUCACAGCUUCCCCUCUGCCUUUUGCCCUAGAGAGAAACUAUUGAACACACGCAAAAACCCCACCAACCCUCCCCCAGCAUCACAUCCUCACUCUGCAGAGGUGAAACUGGGAGGUAACUUCUGUCAUGCUGCUUUAACUGCCCUCCGAGGGCUGUAGCUUCUGGAGAGGACAUGGAAAUGAACUCAGUAUUACUCAAGUGUCCCCAAGGGGAAGGCAGCCUGCCUGCAGGGCUCCUGGAGGGCAGAGCCCAUCCAGCUCCUCUCCAGCAGAGCCAUUGCAAUUCUAUCUCUUGAUAGCGACCCACUGGGAGAGGAGGCUCCCUGAAAAAUGCCACAGCUCCGUCCAGAGCAGAACCACUGUGGCUCAUCCUGCCUGGGCAAACAGCUGCUCUCCUGUGGCAGGGAAAGGGUCAAGAGGGGAUGAGGAGACCGACGCUCCCCUGCCCAUGUGUUUCAUAUGGUUCUUCUUAUUUUUCCAAGAGCUGCGUGUCCCCCUCUGUCUUUCCCGUCGUGUCUUGUUGGUCGUAGCACUGCAGCAAAACGCUCUCUCUGCUCGGUGGCAUCCUGUCUGUGGUGGUGGUUCUGCUCCUCCUGGCCAUGGGGAGCACAGCAUCAUCCCCCUUGUUCCCACCUUGGCUUGGAAAGCAGGAGCCACAGGCCUCGGUUUGUUCCAGGCAAUGAGCUCAGCCUCAAAAGAAGAACCAGAAGGAUUUUUUUUUUUUUUAAGCUGUUCUUUCCAUUUUGUUUCCUCAGCUGGAACACAGCUGUUGUUUUCCCACAGUGGGUUACUGAAAUGCUUGCUGUGAAGUGAGGUGGUGCACGGGGCUGAUGGUAAAGCCUUCCUUCCAAGUCACUCCUAAGAGGAAAUGUCACCACACUUUUUGGGAAGGAAAUUUUGGAAGAAAUCCAAA